UGAACAGGUCAGAUUCUCAGAAACAGAGGAGGAGGUGCAGCUGUGAGCUCACUUAAAACCCAGCCCAGCUUCAGAUUCACACAACAGAGAGAGAGAAGGAGAGAGAGGCACGUAAACACAGCUGACCGUGUCUGAUGGCCGUGUCUAUGUCCCCUGCGUCGGGACAGAAGGAGACGGGCCUGCGGAGUCCAGCGCUGCUCGGGAAAUCUUCUCCAUCGUUCACCGCCAUGAGUGAAAUCAAAAACUACACAGUGCCAAGUUUGGACCUGGAGAGCUUCCUGUCUGCGAAGGUUAAAAUCCGUCAGGAGGGGCUGCUGGACUCCAACCUGAAGACCAACCUGGAGUUCGCCGUGCAGACGCUGGAGGGCUUUCCUGCUUCCAAGCGUCGUGAUGUCUCUCUCACCGUGGAGGGUGAGCGGCAGCUGGUGCGCAUCACGGCAGGGACCCCCGUCCUGCUCUACAGCGUCCGUCUGGGUCCGAAAGGGCCUGAGCUGCACCAGAAAGUCCCAGUGGGCGCCAGGCUGGACCCGACCUGUCUGAACGAGUGCCAUUUCGCCGGGCAUCUCUGCCAGGAUGAGCUGGAGAGCUGCAUGGAGCAGGCCAGACGGGUUCUGAGCCGCGAGGCCCAGAAGAACCCUUCAGGCCUGAGCGAGCUGGAGCUGAGGAUAACCUGUGGAGAGCUGCGUCUCACCUACAUUACCCAGCAGCCCCAGCGCAGUCUCGUGGUCCAGCCACGGCGCAGGACCUACCUGGGCAAGUCGCUGAACCUGGAGAGGGUCCUGGAGCUGAAGACAAGCCUGGAAAGGUCAGGGGUCAUGGGGAAAGGCCUGCUCGCUUGCUUCCAGCACCUGCUGCUCCACUACGGUCAGUUUCAGGAGGAGAACAGCCGCCUCGUUCUUCAGAGCGAUGGAGAAUUGGUGGAGCUGGUCUGUGGAAGGCCUGAUUACCACAGCACCCAGUAUUACAUCUUCACCGAUGGGCAGAACCAGGCCCACAGCCACCGGGUGCAGGACAUUGACUUGUGGGAGUAUGACUGAGGGGUCAAGAGGUCAUAGUCCAGAGGUUAAGCAAUAUAUUGCAUUUAACCUCUAGCUUAUAUAAGGUCUGAUGAUAAUCAGUAGAUGUUGGAUGCUCUGCUGUAACCUAGUUGAUCUACCUAGACUCCGCCCACAAAUGUGCUCUUUUGUUGCUAGGUUGAAACUGUAGAACGGACUCGGUUUAUAUCAUAUCAGAUUUCUCAGUGCUGU